AUGUUUGAAACUCGACCUCGUGAUUCUUGUCUGGUUUCAACGCUUUUCACCAUGCCAAGCCAUAAAGAAACCAAAUGGAGCUUUUUGAUUUCCGGGAAACGCCCAUUUCUCAACAACGACGAUGAGACCGAUCUUCUUCUUCUUCACCACAACAAGAGCAAGAAGAAGAUUCAGACUGAUUACUUAAACGGUUGUUCUGCGGCUGCGAGCGAUGGAGAUAACGGAUCUUCGGAUUCGGGUUCGCUAAUCCCAGGGAUGAACAAAGACGAUUCAAUCACCUGUUUGAUUCGUUGCUCUCGAGCUGAUUACUGCUCCAUUGCUUCAGUGAAUCGGAGCUUACGUGCCCUGAUUCGAAGCGGAGAGAUUUACAGACUCAGGAGACUACAAGGGACGCUCGAGCAUUGGGUUUAUUUCUCUUGCCAUCUCAACGAAUGGGAAGCUUUUGAUCCGAGAUCGAAACGGUGGAUGCAUUUGCCGAGUAUGCCACAGAACGAAUGUUUCAGGUAUGCAGACAAAGAAUCUCUAGCUGUAGGAACUGAUUUGCUUGUGUUUGGUUGGGAAGUGAGUUCCUAUGUAAUCUAUAGAUACAGUCUUUUGACCAACUCUUGGUCUACUGGGAAGACUAUGAACAUGCCUAGAUGCUUGUUUGGCUCUGCUAGUUACGGGGAGAUUGCGGUUUUAGCCGGUGGUUGCGAUUCGAGCGGUAGGAUUCUUGAUACUGCUGAGAUGUAUGACUAUGAGGAUCAGACCUGGUCGGUUUUACCGGGGAUGAACAAACGGAGGAAAAUGUGUUCCGGUGUGUUUAUGGAUAAGAAGUUUUAUGUCAUUGGUGGGAUUGGUGUUGGGGAAGGGAAUGAGCCAAAGGUUUUGACUUGUGGGGAAGAGUUUGACUUGAAGACUAGGAAAUGGACAGAGAUUCCUGAGAUGUCGCCACCGAGGUCGAACCAAGGGAACGGAAUGUCUGCAGCUGUGAUGGCUCCUCCGCUUGUUGCGGUUGUGAAUGACCAGCUUUACGCGGCUGAUCAUGCGGGUAUGGCUGUUAGAAGGUAUGAUAAGGAAUGUCGGGUUUGGAUUAAAGUUGGGAAUUUGCCUGAGCAAGCGGGUUCGAUGAACGGUUGGGGUUUAGCGUUUAGGGCUUGCGGGGAUCGGGUUAUAGUGAUUGGUGGACCAAAGGCUCCAGGUGAAGGAUUCAUUGAGCUUAACUCAUGGGUUCCAAGUGAUGCUACACCGCAAUGGCAUUUACUCGGAAAGAAACAGUCGGUUAACUUUGUAUACAACUGCGCGGUGAUGAGCUGUUGA